UCACAUUCGACUCCGCUGGCGCAGGACAGAAAGGGGAGCGAGGAGGAGGCGGAGGAGGAGGAAGGGGGGGAAAAGUUCAAGCAAAAAAAUGGCUUCCUUGUCUCCGGACUCCACGGAACAAAAUGGCAAUAGCACUGAAGAGCCCGCCUCCGUGGAGGACGAGAAAGACGCGGAGCAAGUAGCCGAACGCCUGCUCCAAACUUUCCAGCUAUCCGCGGUGAGUUUUUCCACGGAGCAGGUCUCGUGUCUGUGCGAGGCCCUCCUGCAAGCGGGCAAUGUGGAUCGCCUGUGGAGAUUCCUCUCCACCAUCCAUCCCUCGUCCGAGCUGCUACGUGGCAACGAGACCCUGCUGAAGGCCCAGGCCUUAGUGGCGUUCCACAAGGAGCAUUUCAAAGAGCUUUACGCGUUGCUGGAGAGCCACGACUUCCAGCCGUCCAACCACGUCUUCCUCCAGGACCUCUACCUGAGAGCUCGCUACAAGGAGGCGGAGAGGUCCCGCGGCCGGAGCCUGGGCGCCGUGGACAAGUACCGGCUCAGGAAAAAGUUUCCUUUGCCCAAGACCAUCUGGGACGGCGAGGAAACGGUCUACUGCUUUAAAGAGAAGUCCCGCAACGCCCUCAAAGAAUGCUACAAGAGCAACAGGUACCCCACGCCGGACGAGAAGAAGAACCUGGCCAAAGUCACCGGGCUGUCCCUCACGCAGGUCAGCAACUGGUUCAAGAAUCGGAGGCAGAGGGACAGGACCCCACCUGGAACACACUGCAAAAGUGAGUCUGAUGGAAACCACAGCAGUGAGGACGAGGCUAGCAACAUGAACGACACAGCGGAUAAAGUGGACGAGCCCGCCGCCUCCAAGGCCUCCAUCAUCUCACUCUCAGCAGUGAACUGCGCCCAGGGAAGUCAGCUCAUCGUCAACGGCUCUAGCAGCUUCCUCGCAGCUUCUCAACCGUUACUGUUCAAUGGCAAUUCGCUCAUCUCUGGUACUGGUGCUGGUGUUAUCAUCAAUGGGCUGAAUUUGGGGGAUUGCCAGAAAGUCACCCUGAGUCCCGUUGCAAGCUCACCUUUGAUACUGAAUGGACCUCAGGUUCUAGGCAAACCGGGAGCUCCGCAGCAAGCCGAUCAGCAGGUCUCUCCCAUUGUCACAAAACCAAGCAGUCUUCCAGCAGUCGUAUUUAGCACAAACACCUCACCGAUCUCCAACCCGACGUCAGUCAUCACUCUACCCGCGCAAGCAAAGAGCCGCAGUAACAAUGCAGUAGAUUUCAUCAAUGUGUCUGAAGACAUAAAACAAGAAAGCAACCAGCUCGCAUGCUCCUCUUCAACCUUGUCUCCAUCUUCGCCGACUUUAUUGCCAACUAGCCAUCCAUCUCUGGCCCUUACACAAUCUCCCCAGUGCCAGGAUGCCAUCAUAACAUCAGCAGCCUUGCCCAUUUCCACUUCUGCCUUGUCCCUGCCAAAUCAGCAGGGGGACUUUGUUGCCUUUGCCAGUUCUUCACCUCAGAUAAACCCUCCUAGCGCACUCGUCAACUCCGUUCAAUCAACUCCUCAGGUGUUCUCCUUGCCCCAGGUUGUCCCUUCCAUCCAGGGUAUACCAGUGUCCCAGCUGGUUCAACACUCUUCCAUAGGGCAGGUGUCCCAAUGUCCUCAACUAGUCCCGGUUUCCCCACUCACAGCUCCGGCCAUUAACUUCCAAAGCAUUCCGUCUACGUGCAGACAGCCAGAUACUUCUAUACCCUUGACUGAUGCUUCCACAACCCUGGUGUCUAUCUCACAGGUACCCACUACUCCUCUACCACAGCAAGUGAUGCACCAGUUGGGAAACCAAACCAACAACUCCUUGCCUUCUAAACUCGAAAUACCACAGGUCAUUUCCAUCACUUCGCCAACACAUGUGGUUCCAGUACCGCAGGCGAAAGCCACCGCACCAGCACAGUUAGUCCCAGUAUCCGUGCCCCAGCUGGUGCCGGUCUCGUCCAGCCAAACAUCGAGCACCAUCUCAUUUCCCCAAGUGGUUCCUGCCAGUCCCUCUCUGUCCAUGACCUCAGCCGGAGUUCCCAUGCAGGUCCUGGCUUCCGCUCCUGGUGGGAUAAAUCAAAGUCCUCUCAGGAUAAACCAAAUGAGACCCAUUCAGAGUGUGGUGCCCCCGACCGGUGUGUCCCCUGGUAUGCAUCUGCUCAACUCUGGGAUCAUUCAGCUUCCUUCUGCACCUCAAGGUAACCUUCUCCUGGGUGGAAGCCCCUAUUUAAGUGUUCAGCAAGGCAAGCUGAUUCUGACCAUUCCGGCUGGCUUUCAACUCACCAGUUUGCCUCUGAAACCAGUUUCUGACCCAUCCACCCUUCCCACUAACGGGGUUAACCUUGGUCUCAUGCCUUCAAACGUUCCUGUAGCGUCCCAGCUUUCAGCCACCUCAGAGCAGCCCGCCAGUGUUCUUGCAACAUCUCCGCUGAAUUUCCUCAAUCCACCCGCUCCGUUUUACACCACAGAAACCGGGAGCGCAACCACCCAGACAUCAUCGGUUUCAUCCCCGACCACGCUGGAUCCAUCAGUCACCCCUACCACACCACACACACUCUCUCCGGAGAGCAUGCUCACCCUCAGUCCCAUGUAUGGAGGAGGGGUGACACCUAGCAGCCAGUUAUCUCAGCCGGCCUGGAGCCCCCUGCCUCUCUCCACUUCGGCUGGUCUGAAUUUGUUUGACGGGCGGGGGAAGGGGGACCUACCUGUAGAUCCGGCUUUGUUGGGUCUACCGGGCGGGGACGCGUUGCUUCUGGGUAGCCCUUCUUCAGAGCAGGACAGCAGCUCCCCACUGGAGCAUCCGGAAGAGAUAAGUGGGGACGCCAAGAUUCUAACUCAACUUCAGUCUGUCCCGGUGGAUGAUGACCUAGGCUUGUAGACUGUGGAUUACCUACCAUUUCUGAAAAAAAAACAAUCAAACCGCCCCAAAAAACAAUGAAACAAACUAUAUGGUGCCUGUAAGUGUAUGUUUCUAGACUUGUUCACUCAUGUACAACCAGCACAGCCUCAGCUGGGACUUACAAGAUGAACCUUCUACAGCUUUAAGAGAGACCACGCGACAUCCAUCCAGCUAUUUUAUAUUACUUAUCCUGUUCCUUGUCAUGUGGAAGCUAGAGUUUGCUCCGGAUGACUUCAAGCUACACCACAGAUUGGUCCUUUAGUCAAUUACAGGGUACAUAGAGACCAGCAAGCAAUGAAACGCACAUACAAUCAGUGAGCAUUAAGCCAUCCUUUACAAGUUACACCAAAGUCAACAUUGUUAUGCUGAAGGACAAUUCUGGAGUUUCUGGAGCAACGCUUUUCAAAGAGUGAGCUUCACUUUAGUUCUAAUCACCCAUGAAGUACAAACUCAAAAUUGAUUAUACAGGGUGUCCAUAAAGUCUCUUUACUAAGGGUGUAACGGUACAUGUAUUUGUAUUGAACCAUUUCGGUACGUGGUACUCAGUUCGGAACGGAGGCGUACUGAAUGAGUUUCUGGCGUAAGGUAACCCUUACUUUUCGAGGCUGUGAGUCGAUCGGGUUACAGUUUCUUUGUGUAGAUUAUAUUUACUCUGUCUUCUCUACUAUAAUGAGGACCAACACGGUAGGACAGUAUAACCCAGAAACGUCAACGGCGCGACAACGUGGCCGCUGCGAGAACGGAGUGAAACGCGGGCGUUAAAGUCAAUCAGCCAAUGCACACCAGUUGCGGUGCGGGCGCCUGUUAGACGCGUCCCAGAAGCGGCUCAGCAUGACGCACGCGAAAAGAACGGCAGAGUUUAUAAUUUGACGCGAGACGAGACCCUCCUCCGUCAAUACUACUACCGGUAGCUAGGAUCAGGCAGACCGGAAGUCACUCGUGUAAAAAUACGGUGGAUCCGGUCGAUUUUCAAACUAAUAUGCAAUCGUAACCCACUUUUUGAGUCCAUCAGAUCUCUUGAGUGGUAGAUCGGGGCACAGUUGACUUGUCUUUGUUGAUUUACUGCUGUCUUCUCUGCUAUAAUAAUAACCAACACGGCCCCGUGUUCAAUACAAAACCCUCCUACCACAACAAAACGAGUAGGAACUAAUAUUCACAUAGGAACUAAAGUUACAUAACAUAAAAUAUUAGGGUUGUUCCGAUCAUGUCUUUUUGCUCCCGAUCGUUUUAGUUUGAGUAUCUGCCGAUCCCAAUAUUUCCCGAUCUGAUUGCUUUUUUGUGUGCUCCCGAUUCAAUUCCAAUCAUUCCCCAUAAUUUUUCCCGAUCAUAUACAUUUUGGCAAUGCAUUAAGAAAAAAAUGAAUAAAACUCGGACGAAUAUAUACAUUCAACAUACAAUACAUAAGUACUGUAUUUGUUUAUUAUGACAAUAAAUCCUCAAGAUGGCAUUUACAUUAUUAACAUUCUUUCAGUGAGAGGGGUCCACGGAUAGAAAGACUUGGAAUUCUUAAAUGAUAAAUGUGACUUUGUAUAUUGUGACUAAAUCUUGCCAUCUAUUGUAUUUGUUGAACUUUCAGUAAAUGAUACUGCAGCCAUUUAACUUCUGCCCAAAUGCAUGAUGAGAAGUGCAACCAUGACUGUGCGUCGUGGUACCAAUUGAUAUAUCUUCUCUGCGUUGGGAAAUAACAUAGGGUGUUAAGGAAAAGAUCAACGUCUACCUUUCUUUCCCACAUUGCUUCCCACGAUUAUUCAAUUUGUUGGUAGAGGGAUUGUAAGGUUUUAGCCAUUUAACAAAAGGCUCCAAAGGCUGCCAAAAUUCACUCUACUCAUUUUACGCUGCCUUUUAUCUCUCUAUAUAUUGUAUGGGUAAAACGGCGGUAUUAUAGAUUGAGCGCGACAAUGCGUGAGUGGGUCGUGCAGCUCAUGCGUUAAUUACGUUAAAUAUUGUAACGUGAUAAAUGUAAAAAAUAUUAAUUCUUGCCGUUAACGCGAUAAAUUUGAUAACCCUACCUUAAGCUUAAACUAAACACUCUGGAAGAAUGUAACACAUUAUGUCUGUAACAUUAAAUACAAUUAGAAAACGAUUUAAUUAAAAAAUAUAUCUAGAUAUAUAUUAAAAAAAAAGGCAUGUCCGAUAUUUUUUUGCCGAUUCCGAUACUUUGAAAAUGACGUGAUCGGACCUGAUUGAUCCGGGUGCCAAUCGAUCAGGACAUCUCUAUAAAAUAUACAAUAAAAAUGAAUACUACAACGCAUUUGUAAAAUAUAAACACAUAAUAAAAUAAAUAAUAGACCAUUUAAAUAAAAAAAAAAAAUUGAAAUGAGCUACAACACCUGUAAUUAAAUAAUAAGAAUAAUACACAGAUCCUGCUUACACAAUUAUAUUGAUUCAUUUCUGUGUGGCGCUUUAACUUGAGAAAAUCCACCAAUAAAGCUUUUGAAAACCGUUCAUAAGAAAAAAAAGAAUCUUUGAGGCAUUUUAUUUGUUAAAAUCCUUGUCAUUGCGAUUGCUUUUCUCUUUAGCACAGGACUUCUUUUUUCGUCUUUCUUUCAGAAAGAAAGCUGACCAAUACGCGGGGUCUGAAAGGCAAAUUGUUGUUGGAUUAUCUUUAAAAACCCGCUACUUUUUGAGCAGAAUUCUAGCUUUGUAUAGGCUAAUGUUCGUAUUGUUGAAAGCACAAAGGUGUGUAAUAAACAACUAGCACAUUAUAGUUAGCAUUUUGUUUUCUUACUGUACUGAAAAUGACCCGAAUUGUGACCUCAAAACCGAGGUACGUACCGAACCGAGAUUUUUGUGUACCGUUACACCCCUACUCUUUACCAUUUCAAAAAUGUAUUAAAAAUGCAAUUGAAUAGAUAUUUUAUUCAGAUUUUUUCUAUUGUAUUCAGCGUUUAUUGAAGUUUUUUUUUUACAUCUUUUAAUACACUUCUACAUGGGCACCAUUAGUUGCACGAAGCACAAAUGACUCUUCUGCAAAAGUUUACCUUGACCUUUUAACUGAAUAUGUGGCAACACAACUGAAUGACCUUCAACCAACCAUCAUUUUUUAGCAGGAUGGUGCACCACCACAUUGUGGGCUAGGAGUGGGAACCUCUUGGUACAUCACGAUACGAUUUGUGAUACAAAGCUCACGAUAACGCUGAUCUGACGAUAUGGCGAUACAACGAUUAUCGAUACAUUGGUCAGGCAAUCAUUUUAGAAUAUUCUACAAACAACUAAUAAACAUAAAAACAAGCUUCUGUGAAUUGGAAUGAGUUUAUCACUAGUAGACGUCCAAUCCAUUUGAACUGGGAGGGUGGCAGCGAAUGAACGUUCGUUCAUUCGCUGCCAUCCCUCCCACUUCAAACAGAUUGAACGUCUAUGGCGGUCAGUGGCAGCCAAUGCCAGGCAUUGAGGUAAUUUUGGGCUAUUUAAGGUCAUUUACCUGUUGAUUUUCAGUUACAUCCGUUUUAUUUUAGGGUAUUUUACGGGCCACUUCCUGUUUAUUUUGAGUUACAGAACAGGAAGUGACAUGGGAAUCGCCCAAAUGAAGAUAUCGUGUAUUGAACAAAGAUAAGGGACAUUACUGACCUUAAGCGAAGGAUUACUGAUGCAAUUGCCAAAAUUUAUGAGGCUAUGCUACAGCGAACAUGGCAAGAAAUCGAGUACCGUCUUGAUGUGCUUCGUGCAACUAAUUGUGCCCAUGUAGAAGUGUAUUAAAAGAGGUAAAAAAAAAAAAAUACUUCAAUCGCGUUAACGGGCGGUAAUUAAUUGUUUAAAUUAAUCACGUUAAAAUAUUUGACGCAUUUAACGCACAUGCCCCGCUCAAACAGAUUAAAAUGACAGCACAGUGUCAUGUGCACUUGUCACUUGUGUUUUUUUGUUUUGUCGCCCUCUGCUGGCGCUUGGGUGCGACUGAUUUUAUGGGUUUCAGCACCAUUGUGUAAUUAUUGACAUCAACAAUGGCGAGCUACUAGUUUAUUUUUUGAAAGUUUUACAAAUUUUAUUAAAACGAAAACAUUAAGAGGGGUUUUAAUAUAAAAUUUCUAUAACUUGUACUAACAUUUAUCUUUUAAGAACUACAAGUCUUUCUAUCCAUGGAUCGCUUUAACAGAAUGUUAAUGUUAAUGCCAUCUUGUUGAUUUAUUGUUAUAAUAAACAAAUACAGUAAUCAUGUACAGUAUGUUGAAUGUAUAUCAUACUAUAUAUCCGUGUUGUGUCUUAUCUUUCCAUUACAACAAUAAUUUACAUAAAAAUAUGGGCUGUCAAACGAUUAAAAUUUUUAAUCGAGUUAAUUACAGCUUAAAAAUUAAUUAAUCGUAAUUAAUCGCAAUUCAAACCAUCUAUAAAAUAUGCCAUAUUUAUAUACAUAUACAUAUAUACAUUCAACAUACGGUACAUAAGGACUGUAUUUGUUUAUUAU